CGGCAUGGCGGCCUCGGGAGCGGGAGGCGCGCGCGCGGGAGGGGGCGCUUGGUUCUCGGCGCUGGCGCUCGGGGUCACCUUCCUCAAAUGCCUCCUCAUUCCGGCCUACCAUUCCACAGAUUUUGAAGUACACCGAAACUGGCUUGCCAUCACUCAUAGUUUGCCUAUAUCCCAGUGGUAUUAUGAGUCAACUUCCGAGUGGACCUUGGAUUAUCCUCCCUUCUUUGCUUGGUUUGAAUAUGUCCUGUCACAUGUUGCCAAAUAUGUUGAUGAAGAGAUGCUUAAUGUGCGUCAUCUGAACUACUUCAGCUCAAGGACCUUACUGUUCCAGAGGUUUUCUGUCAUCUUUACAGAUGCACUCUUUGUGUAUGCUGUUCACGAGUGCUGUAAAUGCAUUGAUGGAAAAAGAGCAAGUAAAGAACUUACCGAGACGCCAACGUUUAUUCUGUCAGUGUUACUGCUAUGGAACUUCGGGUUGUUAAUUGUGGACCAUAUCCAUUUCCAGUACAAUGGGUUUUUAUUUGGAUUAAUGCUGCUCUCCAUUGCACGGUUAUUUCAGAAAAGGCCUAUGGAAGGAGCAUUUCUCUUCGCUACUCUUCUCCACUUCAAGCACAUCUACCUCUAUGUAGCACCAGCCUAUGGUGUAUACCUGCUGCGAUCUUACUGUUUCAUUUCAAAUAAACCAGAUGGCUCUGUCCAGUGGAGCAGUUUCAGCUUUGUGCGUGUUUUUUCCCUGGGACUGAUUGUCUUCCUAGUUUCUGCUUUUUCAUUGGGUCCUUUCCUAGCUUUGAACCAGCUGCCUCAACUGUUUUCCCGACUCUUUCCUUUCAAGAGAGGCCUCUGCCAUGCGUACUGGGCUCCGAACUUCUGGGCUCUGUACAAUGCUGUGGACAAAGCGCUGUCGGUCAUCGGUUUGGAAUUGAACCUUCUUGACCCCAACAAGAUCCCCAAGGCCGCGAUGACUAGUGGCCUGGUUCAGCAGUUUGAGCACACGGUCCUGCCCUCAGUGACCCCCUUGGCGACCCUCAUCUGCACACUGAUUGCCAUGCUGCCCUCUGUUUUCUGUCUUUGGUUUAAACCCCAAGGGCCCAGAGGCUUCCUUCGAUGCCUCGUUCUCUGUGCCUUAAGCGCCUUCAUGUUUGGAUGGCAUGUCCACGAAAAAGCUGUUCUCCUUGCAGUUCUCCCAAUGAGCCUCUUGUCUGUGGAAAAAGCAGGAGAUGCUUCAAUUUUUUUGAUUCUGACCACAACAGGACACUACUCCCUCUUCCCUCUGCUCUUCACUGCACCAGAGCUUCCCAUUAAAAUCUUACUCAUGUUACUGUUCACCAUUUACAGUGUUUUUUCACUGAAGACACUAUUCAGAAAAGAAAAAGCUCUCUUAAACUGGACUGAAACUCUGUACCUCCUUGGCCUGGUGCCUCUGGAGGUCUGCUGUGAACUGCUGUUCCCUCUCACCUCCUGGAAGCUCAAGUACCCCUUCGUCCCGUUGUUACUGACCUCGGGGUACUGCGCGGUGGGCAUUGCGUACGCUUGGCUCAGGCUCUGCUGCUCAGUGUUGCUUGGCCACCCCGGGGGCGGCAAGACAAAGAGGAACUGAAGGAAGGAACUGCUUGGGUGCACGCCAAGCAGUUACUUCACGGGAAAUUAAGCAGAACCUGGAGAAAGUUGCCGGUGGCAUGAGCCAUUCAUUGCGGUAGACCUGUUUGGAGGACCAUUCUUUCCCACCGGGCCUUGCCCAGCCUGGCAACCUGAUUGUUGCCAUGGUGAGAAGCCAUUUGCCCUCCACACACACCGCAACACACCCGAAAAGACUUCCCCUUCCCCUGGUAAAUGAUCUCUGAGAUCAUUCAGACUGUGGUGCUUCCUGAAGGCAAAUGGAAUCUGGUGAGCAGCAUGUUCAUAGCCUGCGCUGCUGUGUCAGCGUAUGUAUCAACAGUGUCAGGGUUUAAAGCCUCAUUAGACUCCAAUACUGACAGAAGUAUUUCUUGUGUUCUGAGAGAAAUGUAAAUAAAAUGCCCCUUUGUAUUUCUGUACAAAACACUUGUGGAUCAUUAUCAGCUCCUACACUUUCCCGUUGGUGCGCGUGCCUGCAGGCCCAUGGUGACGGGGGUCUCCCCACCCCCGUCUGUACACCUUGUUCAGGAAGCUUUGAUUCCACUGCAAUGAUAAUCAACGUCAACAAAGCCAGGGGGAUCAUUUCAUGCACUGCUUCGGCCAGGCAACAGAGACUUCAAACCACAGCUGUUCUUAUAUUGAGUUAUAGUGUUCAGCCUCGUUUAUUCUAACAGCAAGCAUUGCAGUUUAGCUAAGGCUGCCAUUGAAACCUUCCUCCUUUGAGCAAACCGACAUGGUUUCUGCUGAUUUGUUUUCCUUCCCUUCCUUGAGAGUACUUUAUGCAUGUUUUUACCUGAGUUUACCUAAUGCCUGCUACAUGUUCAAAAGCCAGCAUAUUUCUAGCCAACACUGGACUUUCAUGCGUUU